GCCGCCAUGUGGCCCCUGGCCGCGGUGAUCGCCGCGCUGACCGUGGUCUCGUCGGGCGGCACCUCUCGGGACUACCCCAAGAUCAUCAAUGGCACCAACGGGACCAGCGGGUUCCUCCCCGGCGGCUACCCCUGCCGCCCGCACUCGCAGCCCUGGCAGGCGGCCCUGCUGGUGAAGGAGCGGCUGCUCUGCGGGGGCGUCCUGGUCCACCCCAAGUGGGUCCUGACGGCGGCGCACUGUCUGAAGGAGGGCUUCAAAGUGUACCUGGGCAAGCACACCCUGGGGAAGGUGGAGGCUGGAGAGCAGGUGAGGGAGGUGCUGCGCUCCAUCCCCCACCCCGGGUACCAGGUCAGCCCCACCCACCUGAACCACGACCACGACAUCAUGCUGCUGGAGCUGCAGGCCCCGGCGCGGCUCACCGACCGCGUCCGCCUCCUGCCCCUGUCCCGCAAGGACUGCCUCCCGCCCGGCACCUGCUGCCGCGUGUCUGGCUGGGGCACCACCACCAGCCCCCAGGUGAGUUACCCCCAAACCUUACAGUGUGUCAACAUCCAGCUGCGCUCGGAUAAGGAGUGCCAUGAGGCCUACCCCGGGAAGAUCUCGCCCAACAUGCUGUGUGCUGGCACAGAAGAGGGGGGCAAGGACUCCUGCGAGGGCGACUCCGGGGGCCCCCUGAUCUGUAAUGGAGCACUCCACGGCAUCAUCUCCUGGGGGGACUUCCCUUGCGGGCAGCCCAACCGGCCGGGCGUCUACACCCGGGUGUCUCGGUAUGUGUCUUGGAUCCAGGAAAUAAUCGGCCAACACAGAGCCCAGGAGCGGAAGUGGACAAAGGGCCCACAAUAAAGUCCGCGUGGCAUCUCCGCUUCCUUCCUUCCGCCGAGCCCUCCUUUGCCUGGUCUGCCACUCCUCCUCCGCCCCUCCCCUGGGCUUCUGCUUGACCCACGGUCGGUGUUCUCCGAUGUGCGAUUCCAGCCGAGAUUCUGCGCCUCAGAGCACUGAGGCUCUGCCCAGCGUCACCCCCUCCCCGUCAAGUGCUGUGCUCGGAACACCCCAGGCCCCUGAACAGCCGAGAGCAUGUCUGGGUCCCCCAACGGUCUCCGGUCAACCCAGAUCACCACCUGCUGGCCGGGCACUGCCCGGGGUCCCAUGAGGGGGUCCUUCCUGGACAACCUCCUGUACCCCUUCAAAUAUUUAUUCACUGCCAAUGAUCUAGGUCCUUCUGUGUUUUGUGCUCAAGAAGGUUCUAAACUCCCGUGACAUUUCAUCCUGGAAAUACUCUAAGGUGCCCGAAAUCUUUUUCCCCCAUCGCACUCUACGCACCUUUGCUUCAUCACAGCCAAUACCGGACCCUCAUAAUCAUUCUCACGUGAUUCUGGGUCCCCCACCCUGCUCAUCUGGCCUCUACUGCCUGUCUGACUCCCAAUCCCCUGUGACGGCGGAGAGCAUUCUAGAAUCCCAAGAGGCCUCCAGACCUGGACCCUACUGUCCAGCCAAUCCUCUGUCCUUCUCAGCUCUUCCAAAGACACCUUUGUCCAGCAUCUUCUGCUGUUGCAUCUCUGCCCAUCGACCCCAGGAUGUGGCGGUUAAACCCUCGGCCUCUGGAGCACCUGCUCUGAGAGAGUGCUAAAGCUCACAGCCUGAUUUCUGCUCUGCGCCAGGGCUCACAGGUCCACUCCGCAGCCAGGAGGACGGAUGCCAAGCACUCACCUCUGUAGUUAUCUGCAAGGUUCCCAAAGCAACAUUACCUGAGGUGGUUCACUGAUAACCCCUCAAAUUUGCAGAAUAGCCAAAAAGUGUUGCAUGUUUUCCUCAGACGCUGUUCACAGGUGGCCAAGUGCAGACACCGCCCCAGACCUUGGGUAAAUGCAAUUUUAUUUGCUCAACCAAUACUGUGGCUAGCACAGCCAGGCACAGCUGUAAACACAGUGACAGUGUAUUAAACAGAUGAAAACGUCUACCCUGGUGGAGUUUACGUUCUUCCAGGGCCACGGCGGGGAAGGACGACCAAAGAAACAGACCAUCGGAUGCUGAAACAAGCCGCGGCAGCCGAGGAAGGACAGGGAGUGUUAGC